AUGGGGAUCUGGUGGGGAAGCUCUCAAACAGGUUAUCAGCUCGCAGGGGAAGAAAAGUUGCACUUGACGUAUCCUACUACGUCUCCAAGCGGGAUAGCUGACAAUGAGUGGCUAAGUGGACAGCUGAACCACUUGACUCGGGAACAAGAAAGCAAAUUUCUCGAAUUCAAGCACCUCUGUGAGGAAGAAGGAUACUUUGUGCCCCGCAGGGAUGGAAAAGAAGCCGACUACGAUAAUGCUAUGCUUCUGCGCUUCCUUCGCGCAAAGAAGUUUCAAGUCAAAAAUGCGUUGAGUCAAUUCCGAGUCGCCCAAACGUGGCAAAGAGACCACGCAAUCAAAACAUUUUACAGCGAAAUGGAUGUGGAUUGCUAUGAGGACUCACGGAGGAUGUUUGCCCAAUGGACGGGUCGACGAGACCACCAAGGUCGUCCAAUCUAUGUCUUUCCGCUCAGACAUCUCACAAAGGAGAAGAUGGAAGCAUAUAUAUCGAAAAUGUCUUCUUCCACUGCCCCGACGGAAGAGACCCCAUCCAUACCGACGAAAAUACCCGGCCAUCUCCUCGCUUUCCAUGCGUUGUACGAAAAUCUGCUGGACUUUGUCAUGCCGCUCUGCUCUCAGCUCCCACGGCCACACAUGGAAAUCCCCGUUUCAGCCUCCACACAUAUCAUUGACGUGACCGGGUUGACAUUGAGACAUUUCCUAGAAAUCAAAAGAUAUCUGCAGGGCGGCAGUUUAUUAGCGACGACACAUUACCCAGAGACCCUCAGUCGAAUCUUCAUCAUCGGUGCCCCGCCAGUGCUCAGAACUGCCUGGGGCUUUAUCAAGCAAUGGGUGGAUCCCGAGACUUUCUCAAAGAUCUUUAUCCUCUCUCCGGCUGAAGUGCCACGGACGCUUCUGGAAUACAUGCCGGCCUCGAGUCUGCCACAGCAGUACGGAGGGACAUUGAAGUGGGAAUGGGGAGAUAUGCCCGAUCUAGACGAGUCGGCGAGAAAAUUAGCUCCUGGGUUGUAUCAGAGAGUUGGCGAUGGUUGCGCGGAAUACGUUAAAGGCCCUGUUAUAUGGUCUGGGGACUCUAUACAGGUGCUUGGCACUAUUGCAGGAAAGAAGCGGGAGAUCAUCAUACCGCUACACACGACCGAAGAGAGCACCUCAGUUUAG